UUAUAUACAGUGUAAAGAGUAAGGACGCCUGAGGAUGUUAUUAAUGGAUGCUGAGGGGUCCUUGGAGGUAACACAGAGUAUGGAUGAUGAUCCUCUACUUGAUGCACCACUUCUUCCACGCCAUACAUUACAUUCCAGGCUUCAUCCAGAGUUCCAUGCUAUACCUACAGUCUUUGUUGCCAAUGUUUUAUUGCUUUUGCAUGUUACUUUCGUUGUGUUGGCAUUUGUGACGGGGGUGAUUUGUUCUUAUAAUGAUUCAGGUGAGGACACAUGCCCUGAAAACUACACUUAUCCUUUUAAAGUGCAGACUACUAUAACGAUUGCCAAGGUAAUUCUCUGGAUGCUUCAUCUGUUUCUGGAACGAUACAUUCACUUUCAUCACAGCAAAGCUAGAAGCAAAGGUUACCUCCGCAUCUACCGAACCACAAGACAUCUUAAAAGGGUUCCCCUAUUAAUUCAGUCAACAGGAAAUGUGGCUUUAUUGCUGAUAGUGUCACUGCAACAUUCGUUUCCUAAUCACAAUAAAAUGUAUCUCUGCUUCAUGCUGGGAAUCUUGGCGAUGGAAUUGAUAUGUUCAUUGAUAUGUCUGGUUGUCUACACAGGUGAGAAUUGUUUCUUUGCCUUGUUAGGGUGAUUAAGCCACCCACUCUCGUUCUGUUUUUAAAGUAUUAUUUUAACAUGAAUUUGAUUUAAGAGGGCUGCAAAAAAUUUACAAGCUGUCAUCCUAAUAUUUAUAUUAUCAGAAAUCAUGCCACUGGUCCUUUCAGUGUUAUUCUAUAUGA